CAUUUUUUUCCCAUCUUUAGGACUAAUGGCAAAAGAGUAAACCAACAUGGCAGCUAUGGUCCCACCCGUGAAGCUGAAAUGGCUUGAACAUCUGAACAGCUCUUGGAUCACAGAAGACAGUGAAUCUAUUGCAACAAGGGAGGGAGUUUCUAUCUUAUAUGCUAAGUUAGUUAGCAAUAAAGAAGUAGUGCCAUUGCCUCAGCAGGUUCUGUGCCUCAAAGGACCUCAGCUACCAGAUUUUGAGCGGGAAUCUCUAAGUAGCGAUGAACAGGACCACUAUUUGGAUGCCCUUCUUAGCAGCCAGCUGGCACUGGCUAAGAUGGUAUGCUCAGACUCUCCGUUUGCUGGAGCGCUUCGAAAACGUCUCCUUGUAUUGCAGCGAGUCUUCUAUGCACUUUCUAAUAAAUAUCAUGAUAAGGGGAAGGUGAAGCAACAGCAGCAUUCGCCAGAAAGCAGUUCAGGAUCAACUGAUGUGCAUUCUGUCAGUGAACGUCCCAGGUCGAGUACGGAUGCGCUCAUAGAAAUGGGCGUUCGGACUGGAUUAAGCUUGUUGUUUGCACUGCUGAGACAAAGUUGGAUGAUGCCAGCAUCGGGCCCCGGCCUCAGUCUUUGCAAUGAUGUUAUCCACACUGCAAUAGAAGUCGUGAGUUCUUUACCACCUUUAUCUUUAGCAAACGAAAGCAAGAUUCCACCAAUGGGGCUGGACUGUUUAUCGCAAGUGACGACAUUUCUUAAGGGAGUAACGAUUCCGAACUCUGGGGCAGACACUUUAGGUCGUAGAUUAGCUUCUGAAUUGCUUCUUGGCUUGGCUGCCCAGCGGGGUUCCCUGCGAUAUCUUCUUGAGUGGAUAGAAAUGGCAUUAAAUGCUUCAGCUGUAGUGAACACCAUGGAGAAAACCAAGUUGCUACAAAGUCCGGAAGGAAUGAUCAGCUUUGAUUGCUUUAUGAGUAUAUUAAUGCAGAUGCGGCGAUCUUUGGGAUCAUCUGCUGAUCGAAGUCAAUGGAGAGAGCCAACUAGAACAUCUGAUGGCUUAUGUUCUCUUUACGAGGCAGCUCUGUGUUUAUUUGAAGAGGUUUGUCGCAUGGCAUCAGACUAUUCAAGAACAUGUGCCAGCCCUGACAGCAUUCAAACGGGGGAUGCUCCCAUUGUUUCUGAAACCUGUGAAGUUUACGUUUGGGGUAGCAACAGCAGUCAUCAACUGGUAGAAGGAACUCAAGAGAAAAUACUGCAACCCAAGCUUGCUCCAAGUUUUUCUGAUGCACAGACGAUUGAAGCUGGACAGUAUUGCACUUUCGUAAUUUCUACAGAUGGCUCUGUCAGAGCCUGUGGUAAAGGCAGCUAUGGGAGACUAGGGCUGGGUGAUUCUAAUAACCAGUCCACUUUGAAAAAACUGACUUUUGAGCCUCAUAGAUCUAUUAAAAAAGUGUCAUCUUCUAAAGGAUCUGAUGGGCACACUCUAGCGUUUACAACAGAAGGGGAAGUCUUCAGCUGGGGUGAUGGUGACUAUGGAAAACUGGGACACGGAAACAGUUCAACUCAGAAAUAUCCCAAACUUAUUCAGGGCCCGCUGCAAGGAAAGGUUGUUGUAUGUGUGUCAGCUGGAUACAGACAUAGUGCUGCCGUUACAGAAGAUGGAGAGCUGUAUACAUGGGGAGAAGGAGACUUUGGGAGAUUAGGUCACGGUGACAGCAACAGCCGCAACAUUCCGACUUUAGUAAAAGAUAUUAGCAAUGUAGGAGAGGUUUCCUGUGGCAGUUCACACACGAUAGCUCUGUCCAAAGAUGGCAGAACAGUAUGGUCAUUUGGAGGAGGAGAUAAUGGCAAACUUGGUCACGGUGAUACAAAUAGAGUAUAUAAACCUAAAGUUAUAGAAGCCUUGCAAGGAAUGUUUAUUCGAAAAGUUUGUGCUGGGAGCCAGUCUUCACUUGCCUUAACAUCAACAGGACAGGUUUAUGCAUGGGGCUGUGGUGCAUGCCUUGGCUGUGGCUCUUCUGAGGCGACUGCUCUCAGACCCAAACUUAUUGAGGAACUGGCUGCUACAAGAAUAGUUGAUAUUUCAAUUGGUGACAGUCACUGUUUGGCACUUUCUCACGAUAAUGAAGUUUAUGCUUGGGGUAACAAUUCAAUGGGACAGUGUGGUCAGGGAAACUCUACUGGUCCCAUUACCAAACCGAAGAAAGUCAGUGGUUUAGAUGGAGUUUCAAUUCAGCAAAUUUCAGCAGGAACGUCUCAUAGUCUUGCCUGGACAGCUCUUCCAAGAGACAGGCAAGUUGUGGCAUGGCACAGACCCUAUUGCGUAGACCUUGAAGAAAGUACCUUUUCACAUCUUCGUUCUUUUCUUGAACACUAUUGUGACAAAAUUAACAGUGAAAUUCCCCCUCUUCCUUUUCCUUCAUCAAGGGAGCAUCACAGUUUCCUUAAAUUGUGCCUGAAGCUGCUGUCAAAUCAUCUUGCACUUGCACUGGCUGGAGGUGUAGCUACCAGUAUUCUUGGCCGGCAAGCGGGUCCUCUUCGGAAUUUGUUGUUUAGACUGAUGGAUUCCUCUGUCCCUGAUGAAAUUCAAGAAGUUGUAAUUGAGACUCUCUCAGUAGGAGCAACAAUGCUACUUCCUCCAUUGCGUGAGAGAAUGGAAUUGCUACACUCUCUUCUACCACAGGGUCCUGAUAGAUGGGAAAGCUUGUCAAAAGGACAGAGAAUGCAAUUGGAUAUUAUUUUGACAAGCUUGCAAGAUCACACCCAUGUAGCUUCAUUACUUGGCUAUAGCUCGCCAUCUGAUACCACGGAAACUUCCUCAUUAUGCAUCAGCUAUGGAAGUCUGUCUGAUCAAACAUACAGUGUCCAGAGCAGUCAUCCAGAUACUCAUUUAGCUGAAAUCUUAAUGAAGACUCUUCUAAGAAAUUUGGGUUUUUAUACAGAUCAAGCCUUUGGAGAACUGGAGAAAAACAGUGAUAAAUUUUUACUGGGUGCAUCAUCAUCAGAAAACAGUCAACCCGCUCAUCUUCAUGAGCUUUUAUGUUCACUGCAGAAACAGUUGCUGGCUUUUUGUCACAUCAACAGUGUUAGUGAAAAUUCCAGCAGUGUGGCACUGCUUCAUAAACACCUUCAGCUUCUAUUGCCUCAUGCUACAGAUAUCUAUUCUCGUUCUGCAACGCUGCUUAAGGAAAGCUCUUGGAAUGGUAGUGUUGGGGAAAAACUGAGAGAUGUGAUUUAUGUGUCUGCAGCUGGUAGUAUGCUGUCUCAGAUUGUCAACUCUUUAUUGUUACUGCCUGUGUCAGUGGCUCGGCCUUUGUUGAGUUAUCUGCUAGAUCUGUUGCCACCUCUGGAUCGUCUUAAUAGACUCUUACCUGCUGCAGCACUUCUAGAAGAUCAAGAGUUACAGUGGCCACUUCAUGGUGGACCUGAAUUAAUUGAUCCUGCUGGAGUGUCCUUACCACAGCCUGCCCAGUCUUGGGUAUGGCUUGUAGAUCUAGAGAGAACCGUAGCUUUACUUAUUGGGCGGUGUCUUGGUGGCAUGCUUCAAGGACCUCCAGUGUCCCCUGAGGAGCAAGAUACAGCCUAUUGGUUGAAAACUCCACUUUUCAGUGAUGGAGUUGAAAUGGAUAUUCCCCAUUUAGACAAAUGCAUGAGCUCCUUAUUAGAAGUGGCCUUGUCUGGAAAUGAGGAACAGAAGCCUUUUGAUUAUAAGCUGAGACCUGAGAUUACUGUCUAUGUUGAUUUGGCCUUGGGUUGUACAAAAGAGCCAGCAAGGAGCCUGUGGAUCAGCAUGCAAGACUAUGCUGUUAGUAAAGAUUGGGAUACUGCAACUUUAACUAAUGAAUCACUCCUGGAUACUGUGUCCAGAUUUGUUCUUGCAGCUCUUCUGAAGCAUACAAGUCUACUUAGUCAAGCCUGUGGUGAGAGCAGAUAUCAGCCUGGCAAAGCCUUGGCAGAAGUAUACCGUUGUGUUUAUAAAGUUCGGAGCCGCUUGCUUGCCUGCAAGAACAUGGAACUUAUUCAGACUAGAUCAUCAUCAAGAGACAGAUGGAUGCUGGAUAACCAAGAAUCAGCUGAUGUGGAUACUCAAGAGCAUUCUUUUACUCGUACAAUUGAUGAAGAAGCAGAAAUGGAGGAGCAGGCAGAACGGGACAGAGAAGAAGGACACAUAGAACAAGAAGAUGAAGAAGAGGAAAGAGAACAUGAAGUUAUGACAGCUGGUAAAAUAUUUCAAUGUUUCCUAUCAGCCCGUGAAGUAGCUCGCAGUCGGGAUCGAGAUAGGAUGAACACUGGGACAGGGACUAGGCUUGAUGAUCAACCUCCUCAGUCCCAGCAGGAAAGAAGAAUCAGCACUGAUCUGACGGAAGGCCAAGAUGUGUAUACUGCUGCAUGCAACUCUGUAAUCCACAGAUCUGCCUUGUUGAUCCUGGGAGUGAGCCCUGUUAUUGAGGAUUUCCAGAAGCGAAGGGAGGAUGGGCAGUUACAGCAACCUCCCUCUUCUGCUCCUGAGGGGAUUGGACUAAUGACAAGGAGUGAAAGUCUUACUGCAGAGAGUCGCUCAAUCCAUGCAAACUCAAACUACAGACUGAUGAAGUCACGAAGUGAAUCAGAUUUGUCUCAGCCAGAAUCAGAUGAGGAGGGGUAUUCACUGAGUGGAAGACGAAACGUUGAUUUGGAUUUGGCAUCAUCACACAGAAAAAGGGGUACGUUUUAUCAGUGCUCAUUUACAUAACGAAUAUUGAUCAGAAUAAAUAUGUUA